GUCACACUCGCGUGUGGUCCUGUCACGUCUCUCUUUGAAGGACGCCGCGUUGACUCCUCGCAGUGACGCGUCGAAGCCUAUGUAAACCCUUUCAAACAAGUUCAUGACUUAACCGGACGUCCAGAUGCGUUUUAGAGCAGACGUAACAACCCCGCUGACUUUUCUCCAUGUGGUGCAGACUUUCAACAAACUGCAGCAGCGAUGCAUUAUGAAGUUUACGCCAGAAGACAUGCACAUGAUUUGCAGCAACGACAUUAGCGAAGGUGGAGUACAAGUAUGGUCACAAAUCAAAGUCGAAUCGCUAUUCACAGAGUACCGCAUACAAUCGAAUGCAAACAACCAGAUUACUUUUAGCCUAUCAACCGAUGCACUUUUAGUGGCGCUACGAUCCGCCUCCUCCUACUCAUCUAGCAGUGCCACCUCUGGAGCUGACAUUGUCAUGAAACUCGCAAAGAAACAGGACCAGGCAGUACUUACUUUUGAAAUCUCCGGACAGUCCCGCUCUGGAAAACCUGUUAAAAUCACACAUGAUAUACGAAUUGAACUUAUGCGCCCUGAAGAAGUUGACAAGCUCGCCGAACCCAUGUGUCCUGAACCGCAGGUACAAAUCAUCCUUCCUCCACUGGCAAAGAUGCGGACGGUCGUGGAACGCCUCCGUGUACAUUCAGAUUUGAUACUUUUCGAAGCAAACAAUUCUGGUUCCAUACAGCUAACGGCCUCUAAUGAUACUGUCUCGGUGAAGGUGGAAUGGCACAACCUCCGUAAUCCGCCAACAGCCAAAGUACCUUCGAGUCAGGAUCCUGAAACCGCUUCACAAGCGCUCAAUGAACGCGACCCUGAUGAAAAGCACGGAGUUCUAGUCGCUUUCAAGAGCUUCCAAAAAUUCCUGAAUAGUCAUCAACUCUCCACGACGACAAUUGCUUGUGUGUGCCGGAACCAUGCACUGAUUCUUUACGUCUACAUUGGCGAGGUCACUGAUUCAGGAGGCGUCCUGACAUUUUACUUACCGGCCGUCAUUGAUGGCGACUGACGUCAAACGACAUGAUCACAUAACCGUAUACCUCGAAACUCUGCUUGAUACCCCACCCCUCUGUAGCUUCUAAUUCGUACCGCUAUACUACUACAUUUGAUGUUAUAUUAUAUACACUACUAUCUCAACGAUGCAAAGUCAAAUCUGACCUGUCAAGAUAUGGGGCUUCAAGCCAUCCGAAAAUUUGGUAGGCAUAAUAUGCCGCGAUGUUCUGAUCCAAGAAAACAAUCGCAAACGAACGAACGGGACACGAAAACAUCAAGAGUUCGAGAGGUAGAGAACCGAUUACCGGUUGUCAAAGAUACUCGGCAGGUCCUUCAUCUCGAGCAAAAUAACACCCGCCUCCUCCAAUUCGGACUCGAUCUCCUUUUCUACCUGCGCCGCUGGCGUGACGGCACCAGAACCCCAAAC